AUGGUUCACUUGGCGUCCGCUAUCCUGCUGGCCGGCUCGGCUCUGGCCCUGCCCGCGUCCGAGAUCUUCGCCAGCCAGGAGGCGACGUGCACCGUGCCGUCCACCUUCCCCACGGUCAACAAUGCCAAGCUCCCGGACCCGUUCACCAUGGCCGAUGGCACCAAGGUGGCCACCAAGGCGCAGUGGGCCUGCCGCCAGCAGGAGAUCUCCAAGAUGAUGCAGCAGUACGAACUCGGCGAGUAUCCCGGCCCUCCGGAGUCGGUAAAGGGCACCCUCAGCGGCAACCGCCUCACCGUGGCCGUGACCCAGGGCGGCAAGAGCAUCUCGUUUAGCGCGGCGAUCAAGAAGCCGAGCGGCGACGGGCCCUUCCCGGCCAUCAUCACGAUCGGCGGUUCGGCGCUGCCCAUCCCAAACAACGUGGCCACCAUCAACUUUGGCAACGACCAGUUCGCCUCGCAGGCCUCGGGCAACUCGCGCGGCCAAGGCCAGUUCUACACCCUCUUCGGCGCCGGCCACAGCGCCGGCGCUCUGACCGCCUGGGCCUGGGGCGUGGGCCGCCUCAUUGACGCCCUCGAGCAGGUCAACUCCACCUCGGGCAUCGACACGACCCGCCUCGGCGUCACGGGCUGCUCCCGCAACGGCAAGGGCGCCUUCAUCGUCGGGGCGCUCAACGAGCGCAUCGCGCUGACCCUGCCGCAGGAGUCGGGCUCCGGCGGCGCGGCCUGCUGGCGCAUCUCGGACGACGUGCACAACGCCGGCGGCAACAUCCAGACGGCGGGCGAGAUCGUCGGCGAGAACGUCUGGUUCUCCAAGAACCUCAACAGCUACAGCACCAAGACGUCGACCAUGCCCGAGGACCACCACAUGCUGGCCGCGCUGACGGCGCCGCGUGGCCUCUUUGUGAUUGAGAACGACAUCGACUGGCUCGGGCCCGUCUCGACGACGGGCUGCAUGAAGGCCGGCCGCAUGAUCUACAAGGCCGUCGGCGCGCCCACCAACAUGGGCUUCUCGCUCGUCGGCGGCCACUCGCACUGCAUGUUCCCCGCCGCGCAGAAGGCCGACCUGACGACCUACAUCAACUACUUUUUGCUCAAGACCGGCUCCGCGCCCGGCGAGGUCGAGAAGAGCUCGGCCAAGGUCGACAUGAGCGCCUGGGCUCCCUGGGCUGUGCCCACCAUCAGCUAA